AUGCCCUCACUUCUCGCUACGGCAGUCCAGUCGGCAACACUCAAAGCCUCCGCCAAUUUCACCGCCCAGAUUGUGAACCAGCACAGGCAAGCCGGCGCGCCUCCGCUUGACUGGCGCCGCGUCGCUGAGUUUGCGACAUUCGGCUUCAUCCAAGGUCACAUCAACUACUGGUGGCAGCACUUCCUUGAGGACAGAUUCCCCAAUUCUGCGACCAGGUCAGCGCACAAAGCAUCAUCAUCAACCGUUGAAAAGGGGGAGGCAAAGCCGGAAAAGCCGGAGAAACCCGUUAUUGCCACUAAACCGCCCGGCGGAAAGAAUUACUUCAAUGUUGCUCGCAAGCUGGUGAUCGACCAGACUCUCGGCCUGUUCAUCAUGAACUCGGCUUUUCUGAUAAUCACGUCGAUUUUACGAACAGGGAGUGCGGCCAUCACUUAUCAGAUCUGGAGCGAGAGGAUAUUCGAUCUUAUCAAGGCAGCUUGGAAACUUUGGCCACUGGUGGCUUUCUGCAACUUUGCCUUCGUCCCGGUUGGGUACAGGGCACUCGUAGGAAUGACGGUUGGGUUUGCGUGGAACAUGUUCCUCACGUUUUUCCUGUUAUAA